AUGGAUAUUACUUCCCUAAAAAGUUAUAAGGAGCUAAUUGAACUUAGUAAGGAAGAGAAGAAGAAACAUUUAAAGGAUUAUUUAAAUGAAAAAGAGAGAUCUCAAUUAUUAAUCAGAAAAUUUAAAAAUUUUUAUAUUGAUUUUUCUCGUCAGAGGUAUAGUGAGAAAACGUUGAACAAAUUAAUUCAUUAUGCAGAAGAAAUAAAAUUAAAGGAAAAAAUUGAAAAAACAUUUAAAGGGGAAAAGGUAAAUAUAACUGAAAAUAGGAGUGCCUUACAUACAGCAUUAAGAAUACCUAUAGAAAAAAUAAACACGAACAAAAUUAUAAUAGAUAAUAAAAAUAUAUUAGAAGAUGUGCAUAAUGUGUUAAAAAAGAUUGAAUCAUAUUCAGAUAAUAUAAGAAAUGGAAAUAUUAAAACAUGUAUAAAUACAAAAUUUAAAAAUAUAGUAUGUAUAGGUAUUGGAGGAUCGUAUUUGGGUACAGAAUUUGUAUAUGAGGCUUUGAAAUUUUAUUAUUAUAAUAAGAUAUUAAAUAAAAAUACAAACAAUGAUAAUUUUGGUAGUUUAAAUAAUAAUAAUGACGAUAUAUUUGAUGUACGAUUUCUAGCUAAUGUAGACCCGAAUGAUGUAAAUAGAGCAAUAUAUGAUUUAGAUCAAACAAGUACGCUAGUAAUUAUAAUAUCAAAAACAUUUACAACAGCUGAAACAAUGUUAAAUGCUAGAUCUAUUAAAAAUUGGUUAAAUCUAAAAAUAAAAGAUGAAAAACAAUUAAGUAAACAUAUGGUUGCUAUAAGUACAAAUUUAAAGUUAACAGAUGAAUUUGGAAUAGUAAGAGAGAAUGUUUUUGAAUUUUGGGAUUGGGUUGGAGGACGUUUUUCAGUUACAAGUGCUGUAGGUAUGCUUCCCUUAUCGAUUGCAUUUGGAUAUAAAAAUAUGAGAAAUUUCCUAAAUGGCUGUCAUGAUAUUGAUGAACAUUUUUUAAAUACAAAUAAUAAAGAUAAUAUUCCUGUUUUAUUAGCUUUAACAAGUUUUUAUAAUAAUCAUUUUUUUGAUUGUAAAAAUAUUGCAGUUUUGCCAUAUUUUCAACAUCUGUUAAAAUUUUCUACACAUGUACAACAGUUAGCCAUGGAGAGUAAUGGUAAAUCAGUAGAUCGAAAUAAUAAUUUUAUUAAUUAUAAUACAUGUCAAGUAUAUUUUGGAGAACCAGGUACUAAUGGACAACACAGUUUUUAUCAGUUAAUACAUCAAGGACAAAUAAUACCUGUUGAAUUAAUAGGUUUCAAGUAUUCUCAUUUCCCUCUUCAUUUUCAAAAUGAAAAAGUGAGUAACCAUGAUGAAUUAAUGACCAACUUUUUUGCACAAGCUGAUGCAUUAGCAAUUGGAAAAACAGUAGAGCAAGUUAAAGAAGAAAACGAAAAUAGUAAAAGAAAAGUACCACUUGAAUUACUAAACCAUAAAGUAUUUAAAGGAAAUAGACCAUCUACUUUACUUCUAUUCGAUGAGUUAAACUUUUAUACUUGUGGACUACUCUUAGCAUUGUACGAAAGUAGAAUUGUAGCCGAAGGAUUUUUAUUAAAUAUUAACAGUUUCGAUCAGUGGGGUGUUGAGUUAGGAAAAGUGCUAGCGAAGGAAGUCCGAGAUUAUUUUCAUGACACUAAGGCACAUAAGAACCUGGAUGCCUAUAAUUUUAACGAAUCCACAAAAAUUUUGUUAAAUUAUUACCUCAAUUAG